AGACUGAGAUUAAAAGAGAAACCUGUGUCUAAGAGUGGAUAAAAAAUUCCAAAUUUUGAAUUUUAAACCAAAUUUAAAUCAAACCAUUAAAAAAAAUUAAUUUUAAAUAAAAAAUUCAAACUAAAUUAUAUUUAUUUUAUAAUUUAGAUCCAAAUUAAGAUUCAAAUCUCAAAAAAACCCUAAUUCUGAAUUUCCGGUUCCUCUUCUCCUUCGCCUGGGCACUGGGCAGUCUCCGCCGCACCCGGCACCGGAGCAAGCAACUGGCACCGGUACCCUAUUGUCUCAUUCAACGUUGAACGGGCCUCACUUCUGUUUCUCUUCUUCUGCCUUUGGUCUUCUUCGCCGUCGUCUUCACCGUCGCCGAUCGCCGUCACAGGUGUGGGCUUCCGGUUCUUUUGCUUUCCAUUCGCCUCUGCUCGUGCUUCUUGCCUCUGGGUCACAGCCUCAUACGGGAUUGCUCAGCAGGGUUGGGAUCCUCUUCGGGUGCUGCUGAGAGCAAGAUGACUGAAAACAGUAAUAUUGAAGCAGCAGGGAUGUCCGCUAGUACUCAACCAUCUUCUCCACCGUCAGGUGUUCGUAAGAAUCGGUCAGCUGUCUGUGAUCAUUUUGAUGUAGAGAAUGCUAUCGAGAAGAUGAAGUUGCAAGAUUUUCUCUCGGUAAAUUGUGGUAGAGAACAAAAGUCAUCCGGUAAAGAUGUACACGGGACUGCUUCUAAAAGUAAUGCAUCAGCAAAAGGUUCGGCCCCACCACUGCCAUCAUCAUCAUCGUCAAAAGCUGGGACUUCCACUGCAGCUUCUGGACCUGUGAGUGAAGAAGAAAUCAGAGCUGUGUUAAAGCAAAAGACUCGAGUGACCACACAGCAUCUUGUAGCUAAAUUUAAGGCAAGACUAAGAUGUAAAGAGGAUAAGUAUGCAUUUGCAAAGAUCCUGAAAAGAAUAUCUAAAAUACAGAGAAAUCCAACUUCAAAUAGAGCCAGUUAUGUUAUCCUGAGAGAUAAGUGAAAAUCAACUGCCCCACCUAUUGAAUGUGGUUGAUGAUGUAGCAUUCAAACGGAAAAAAUGGAUCCAGUUCUGUUGUCCUGAGAGAUGGCUGUAAAUGUAUUAGCCCAAUAAUUGGCUGCGACUGAUGAUGCAGCUUCAUAUAGAAAACAAAAGAACAGUUGAUACUUAAUAUGCCUUGUAAAUUCUUCACUUUUUGGACAUCAUUAUGACUGGUUUUCUAUCAAUUAAGUUUUUUCUAA